AUGUGUCAAUAAAUUGUACUAUGUGGAGGUGCGGCAAUUCCAACGUUGAAGUAAAACUGUGUGGUGAUCGUACAUAUUGAACAUUAUAUUUAUAAAAAUUAUAAUAAAAAUUUACUAGGCUUGCAGCAAGCAGGUCUUGUUUACAAUCUCAAAAUGCCAGAUUUAGAAAAAUUAUCCUUAGAGGCCAUAUACACAUCGGAAAAAAGGGGUAGCGACGAGACAGGCGAUGGAUCUGAAGAAAGUCCGUUUAAAAGUAUACUGCAGGCUAUGCGCCACGCUGGAAAAGAGCCGUUUCCUACGAUAUAUGUAGAUUCGAAAGAAGAAGGUAAAACAUAUGACGUUGCUGCAAAGUCACAAUUGAAAAAGAUACAAAAAAUUUGGGUGAGGGAGAAUUACAAAGCUGCAGACAAAGCUAAAGCCGAAGAGGAAAGUAAUGACAAAAGGCAACAAAAUCUUGAAGAAGCUAAAAAAAUUGUCAUCAAACAAGAUGCAAGCCUUCCUGAAGCUGUUACUGUCAGAAUAAAUGCAACAAAAGAUUAUCGAGGAAAGAGAAUUUGUGUCAAAGGGUGGGUACACAGAUUGAGAAGGCAAGGGAAGGCCCUCACUUUCCUCACCCUCCGCGAUGGCACGGGCUACUUGCAGUGUGUGUUGCAUGGGGUCCUCUGUCAGACUUAUAAUGCUCUGGUAUUGUCAACUGAGUCAUCAGUUGUUUUGUAUGGGUCUUUGGAAGCAGUGCCUGAGGGUAAAACUGCACCAGGAGGUCAUGAGUUGACAGUAGACUACUGGGAGCUAAUUGGUCUCGCCCCACCCGGUGGAGCCGAUGCUAUUCUCAAUGAGGAAGCACAUCCAGAUGUUCAGUUGGAUAACAGGCACAUAAUGAUCCGCGGCGAGAACACGUCAAAGGUUCUGCGCGCGCGCGCCGCGGUGACGCGCGCGUUCCGCGAGCACUUCGCGGCGCGCGGCUACACCGAGGUGACGCCGCCCACGCUCGUGCAGACGCAGUGCGAGGGCGGCAGCACGCUCUUCAAGUUCAGCUAUUUUGGCGAACAAGCUUAUCUGACACAAAGUUCGCAGCUAUACCUGGAGACGUGUUUGGCGACGCUCGGCGACGUGUACUGCAUCGCACAGUCGUACCGAGCCGAGCAGUCUCGCACUAGGCGCCAUCUGGCCGAGUACAGCCAUGUGGAAGCCGAGUUCCCGUUCAUCACGUUCGAGGAUCUGCUGGACAGGAUCGAGGAUCUGGUGGUGGAUGUGGUGGAUAGAGUGCUCGCCUCGCCCGAGGGGCAGCUGGUGUACGAACUGAACCCUGACUUCAAGAAACCAACUAAGCCGUUUAAGCGUAUGGCCUACACAGAAGCUUUGGAUUAUCUGAAAGAAAACAACAUCACUAAGGAAGAUGGAUCUUUCUACGAGUUUGGAGAUGACAUACCCGAAAUGCCGGAACGCAAGAUGACUGACGCGAUCGGCGAACCGAUCCUGCUCUGCAAGUUUCCGGCGGAAAUUAAAUCGUUCUACAUGCCGCGGUGCGAGGACGACAAGCGGUUGACGGAGUCCGUCGAUGUCCUGAUGCCGGGGGUGGGGGAGAUCGUGGGCGGCUCCAUGAGGAUAUGGGACUAUGAGCAGCUGAUGGAAGGUUACAAACGCGAGGGUAUCGACCCAGCCCCGUACUACUGGUACACGGACCAGCGUCGCUUCGGCGCUGUGCCCCACGGUGGGUACGGGCUCGGGCUGGAACGGUUCCUGUGCUGGCUGCUAGCCCGCUACCACAUCCGCGACGUGUGCCUUUACCCACGCUUCUUGGAGCGAUGCACACCUUGAAUAAAAAAAAUAUAUAACAAAUAAAUAAAUCAAAAUUGUUUAUGCCUGUUCACUUGCAAAGCUUAUCAUCGUCAAUCAAUAGUUCCAAAAUAAAAAUUGUGUUCGGAGUUUCUUUAUCGAUAUUUUUGUUGAUCGUGUAUACGCAGCUUAAUCUAUCUGUCAGCUGUCAAUGUCAAACGAAUUUCUACAUUUCCGGGUUUAAUUCAUCUUUAUUCUAUGUUGAUAAUGGUAGAAUUCAAAAUUAGUGAGAAAUAUUUUGGGUAUUAUACUUUAUAAAUAUGGAGUGAAUGAAUUAAACAAUAGACGAUGAGUAUGAAUAGACUGAAAAGGUUUUACAUUACUCUAUAGUCCCGAUCUGAUUAAUGCUGCAGCAAUUCUGAGAUGUUAAUUAAGAAUUAAUCUCAUAGAAUAUUUAAUAAAUGGGAUUAGAUUUUGCGAUAUUCUUCAUUGUUAGUAUGAAAAGUA